AUGUGGCUCUAUUUUCUAGCUCCGAUGUUUGUGCCCCUCGGCAUCCCAUUCUGGAACUUUUUGUUCCGCUGGGGACGGCUCGGUGUGGAAUAUGUGAGAUUUUUCCUGCACUUAAAAGGAUUGUUGUACUCGAAUUCUAUAGCCAUACACGAAGGUUUACACUCCAUGGUCGCAAAACACGGUAGACUUUAUGGAACAUUCAGACGUACGAUCCACGAACCAGCUGUGUCCAAUGUAGAACUCGGGAAAGAAGUUCUGAAUCGGCAACUUUUGAAGGUUUUCGAAAGAGUUUUCGAAUUCCAAUCAAAUAAUCCACUGUGGAAAAACGCAGUGAACAAUCUGCCGUUUGAGCGAUGGAAACCAGUGCGGAGCGUCAUGACGCUAUUCUUCACGUCCGCAAAGAUGCAGAGCAUUAUUCCGAAACUGGCGAAGCUGUCCGAAAGAUUUGUGGGGAAAUUAGAGGUUGUAGUACAGACAUCCAAGAAUGAGGUCGCACUGAACAAAUGUUACCGGGGCAUCGCUAUGGGUUCAAUGAUCGCUGUAUCUUUUGGAAUCGAGAUGGAUUGCCUCGACGAUGCAGAAAACCCCUUCGUCAAAAACGGGAGCGGACUAUUCAAGCUCGGAGCUACAUCCUCGUUCAUCCUGGCCACUGGACCAGCUUUCAGAUUCGUGGCCGCGGGUCCAGAGGGAGUCGUCUCGCUGCUCGACAUGCUCACCUACUUAUAUGCGAUGGAUCCGGAAGCACAAGAAAAAGCACUAGGCGAGCUCAGAAGUCUCGUGGGGGAGCGCACGCUCAUAACAUAUGAAGAUCUACAGAAAUCGAAAUAUUUGGAAGCCAGUAAGCUGAAAACGGGACGCCUCUUCCCGCUCUCGCUCAUCGUGGAACGCACCUGCACCCAGUAUACUGAAAUCGCUGGAAUAUCCAUACGACCCGCGGACAGCGUCGAAAUUCCCGUUGUGAGCCUCCAUAGAGAUCCUAAAUACUUACCGGAGCCGGAUGAUUUUCUGAACGAACGCUUCAUCGAGGACGAGGACGUCACUCCCGAAGUAGCGGCUCUCCUCAGCUCCGGCGAUGGUUCAAAAAGCUGUCUGAGCUAA